AUGGCAAGCCUACGUUCCACAGUUUCCACGGGUUGCACGCCGAAUGCACGUAUGGAUCGGCAGAAUGCUAUAUCACGGUCGUCCUCGGCUGCCAGCUCGCAGGGCGACAGUCAGACUCGGAGCUCUUUACUGUCUCCGACACAACGCGGCCCGCACGAUGCCUCCCUGAGUGGCCCUAGGCCGCUUGACAAUUGCCCUUCUCCGCGCAGCAGUGUCGCUACACCUGCUGGAGAAGACGUGCCAUCGCUCGAGGAUGACAAUAGCAUCUCAGGCAGCGACUCCGCCAGCAUGAGAACGGAUGCCGCGAGCCUGCCCACGGCCGGCACGUUGGAUGAAGCGGGCAAUGUUCCUCUACAACGGGCAUAUACCUCUAACGUUCGGCAAACGCUGAACGCACAGAGAUUGGCCUUGCACAACCAUCUCGCCAAUGCAGAUAUUGACGGCGAUAUUGACCCUUUCGAGCAUUACUCAAUGAGUAAGAUGGUGGGCGCCUCUGACGACCCAUGGUCAGUGCCAAAGAUGCUUUUCGGCGAGUCUCGCGUGUCGCACAAUGCGCACUUGGCGUCGUGGCUUGCAGACGUUGAUCGUCUUUUCACUUGA